UCCAGAGGUUCCCCCCAAAGACCUCAGAACGUCUCAUCCAGUGGUUAAAAGCUGUUCAGAGGGAUAACUGGACCCCCACUAAGUAUUCUUUCCUCUGUAGCGAACAUUUCACCAAAGACAGCUUCUCCAAAAGGCUGGAGGAUCAACACCGCCAGCUCAAGCCCACGGCUGUGCCCUCCAUUUUCCACCUGACUGAGAAGAGGGGGGCUGGAGGCCAUGGCCGCACCAGGAGAAAGGACACUAGAAAGGCCUCAGGGGGCCUGAGGGGACAUUCCAGUGAAGCAGAAGAGAAGGGAGGUGCAGCUUCAUCGUCGUCCUCAAGUGAAAACCUGAUGGACAAGCCAGAGUGCUACAAGUUGAAGCGAGCUGCUCUGCAGGGUGAACCCGCACCCAGGGCUGCCCAGGAAGCCGCCAGUCAGGAGCGGGUGCAGCAGUCUCUGGAAGGAACUCCAGGAGACGGUGUGGUCACCACAGCGUCAGGCAGCCAGGGAGAUGCAAACACAUCUGCUGUAGAUGCUGGCGAUGAGACCACCGCCUCCCCUGACGGGGGCCUGGUAGAUAAGAGUGGCAUUUCUGUGGAUGACUUUACCCCCCUAGGAUCUGGGGCAUGCAAAUUUAUUGGCUCACUUCAUUCUUACAGUUUCUCCUCCAAGCACACUCGAGAGAGGCCAUCUGUCCCCCGAGAGCCUGUUGACCGAAAGAGGCUGAAGAGAGACGUGGAGCCCAGCUGCAGCGGGACCAGCUUGGGGCUGGACAAGGGCUUGGCCCAGAGCCCCCCAAGUUCAUCACUCACAGUGACACCUCAGAAGCCCUCCCAGAGCCCCUCUGCCCCUCCAACAGACGUCACCCCGAAGCCAGCCACAGAAGCUGUGCAGAGCGAGCACAGCGACGCCAGCCCCAUGUCCAUCAAUGAGGUCAUCCUGUCUGCAUCUGGGGCCUGCAGACUCAUCGACUCGCUGCACUCCUACUGCUUCUCCUCCCGGCAGAACAAGAGCCAGGUGUGCUGCCUGCGGGAGCAGGUAGAGAAGAAGAACGGCGAGCUGAAGACCCUGCGGCAGAGGGUCAGCCGCUCUGACAGCCAGGUGCGCAAGCUGCAGGAGAAGCUGGACGAGCUGAAGACAGUGAGCUUCCCCUCCCUGAGCAGCCUGCUGCCCCCCGGCCGAGAGCCUCCCAAGAUGAACCCAGUGGUGGAGCCGCUGUCUUGGAUGCUGGGCACCUGGCUGUCAGACCCGCCAGGAGCUGGGACCUUCCCGACGCUGCAGCCCUUCCAGUACCUGGAGGAGGUGCACAUCUCCCAUGUGGGCCAACCCAUGCUGAACUUCUCGUUCAAUGCCUUCCACCCAGACACGCGGAAGCCCAUGCACAGGGAGUGUGGCUUCAUCCGCCUCAAGCCCGACACCAACAAGGUGGCCUUCGUCAGCGCCCAGAACACAGGCAUCGUGGAGGUGGAGGAGGGCGAGGUGAACGGGCAGGAGCUGUGUAUCGCAUCCCACUCCAUCGCCAGGAUCUCCUUCGCCAAGGAGCCCCACGUGGAGCAGAUUACCCGAAAAUUCAGGCUGAAUUCUGAAGGCAAACUUGAACAGACAGUCUCCAUGGCAACCACUACCCAGCCCAUGACUCAGCAUCUUCACAUUACCUACAAGAAGGUGACGCCGUGACCCAGAGUAGAGCAUCCUCUCAGGCGGGGCCUGGCACGUGCGCGUGACACUUCGGCUUCUCAGCAGACGCCUGCAGCAGGUGUGCGUGUGGCCGCAGGUCUCCGUGGGUGCAAGAGUGUUGCCAGUGUUCCUGUAAUGGCAUAGAAAAACCAAAUAAAAGGCCUUUAUUUUUAUGGCUGAGCAUUUUGGAUAUUA